GCUGUGGCUUCUGUCGUUACCCCACCCCCUUCCACGUCAGCCGAGGACUCUGGAGCCGCCGCCGCUGCUGCGAGUUGGAGUUGGAGUAGAGGGCUCCGCGGCUGCCCCAACCGCUGCCCCCGGAGCCUGGUAAUGGGCCACAAGGCUCCAAUCCCGAACGCUUGAUUUUCUGACAUCCUUAAAUCUUAUAUCGAGGAUUGAUUAUAAUAUAACCAGAAAUCAUGACGGCUGCUGAGAACGUGUGCUACACGUUAAUUAACGUGCCAAUGGAUUCAGAACCACCAUCUGAAAUUAGCUUAAAAAACGAUCUAGAAAAAGGAGACGUAAAGUCAAAGACUGAAGCUUUGAAGAAAGUAAUCAUUAUGAUUCUGAAUGGUGAAAAACUUCCUGGACUUCUGAUGACCAUCAUUCGUUUUGUGCUACCUCUUCAGGAUCACACUAUCAAGAAAUUACUUCUGGUAUUUUGGGAAAUUGUUCCUAAAACAACUCCAGAUGGGAGACUUUUACAUGAGAUGAUCCUUGUAUGUGAUGCAUACAGAAAGGUAAACCAAAUUAUAAUUAUUUCUGAAUAUUGCUUUGAAUUUAAUUGUAAAAUUGGUAGAAUGGGCUUUGUUUUAUUUUUAUUUUAUUUUAUUUUAUUUUAUUUUAGAAAUUUUGAACAUCUUAUACCUGAUGCUCCUGAACUGAUACAUGAUUUUCUGGUGAACGAGAAGGAUGCAAGUUGCAAAAGGAAUGCAUUUAUGAUGCUAAUUCAUGCAGACCAGGAUCGAGCUUUGGAUUACUUAAGUACUUGUAUUGAUCAAGUUCAAACAUUUGGAGAUAUUCUGCAGUUGGUUAUUGUUGAACUGAUUUAUAAGGUCUGUCAUGCUAACCCAUCAGAAAGAGCUCGUUUUAUUCGCUGCAUCUAUAACUUAUUACAGUCAUCCAGCCCUGCUGUAAAAUAUGAAGCUGCUGGGACAUUAGUGACACUCUCUAGUGCACCAACUGCAAUCAAGGCCGCUGCUCAGUGUUACAUUGAUUUAAUUAUUAAGGAGAGUGACAACAAUGUAAAACUCAUAGUUCUGGAUCGCUUGAUAGAGUUAAAAGAGCAUCCUGCUCAUGAACGCGUACUACAGGAUCUGGUUAUGGAUAUCCUAAGAGUAUUAAGCACGCCAGACUUAGAAGUACGAAAGAAAACUCUGCAGUUAGCACUGGAUCUUGUCUCUUCUAGGAAUGUUGAAGAGCUGGUUAUUGUCCUGAAGAAGGAAGUGAUAAAAACAAAUAAUGUGUCUGAGCAUGAAGAUACUGACAAAUACAGACAACUCCUGGUGCGAACAUUACAUUCCUGUUCUGUCCGAUUUCCAGAUAUGGCUGCAAAUGUUAUUCCUGUGUUAAUGGAAUUUCUCAGUGACAAUAAUGAAGCAGCAGCUGCUGAUGUCUUGGAGUUUGUUCGUGAAGCCAUUCAGCGUUUUGAUAACCUGAGAAUGCUUAUUGUUGAGAAGAUGCUUGAAGUCUUUCAUGCUAUUAAAUCUGUCAAAAUUUACCGAGGAGCAUUAUGGAUCCUGGGAGAAUACUGUAGUACCAAGGAAGACAUUCAGAGUGUGAUGACUGAGAUCCGCAGGUCCCUUGGAGAGAUCCCAAUUGUAGAGUCAGAAAUAAAGAAAGAAGCUGGCGAAUUAAAACCUGAAGAAGAGAUAACUGUGGGGCCAGUUCAGAAAUUGGUUACUGAAAUGGGUACCUAUGCAACUCAGAGUGCCCUUAGCAGUUCUAGACCCACCAAGAAAGAGGAAGACAGACCUCCCUUGAGAGGAUUCCUUCUGGAUGGAGAUUUCUUUGUUGCUGCCUCCCUUGCCACAACUCUGACCAAGAUUGCAUUGCGCUAUGUAGCUUUGGUUCAGGAGAAGAAAAAGCAAAAUUCUUUUGUUGCUGAGGCUAUGUUGCUCAUGGCUACUAUCCUGCAUUUGGGAAAAUCUUCUCUUCCUAAGAAGCCAAUUACUGAUGAUGAUGUGGAUCGAAUUUCCCUGUGUCUCAAGGUCUUGUCUGAAUGUUCACCUUUAAUGAAUGACAUUUUCAAUAAGGAAUGCAGACAGUCUCUUUCUCACAUGUUAUCUGCUAAACUAGAAGAAGAGAAAUUAUCCCAAAAGAAAGAAUCUGAAAAGAGGAACGUGACAGUACAGCCUGAUGACCCCAUUUCCUUCAUGCAACUAACUGCUAAGAAUGAAAUGAACUGCAAGGAAGAUCAGUUUCAGUUGAGUUUGCUGGCAGCAAUGGGUAACACACAGAGGAAAGAGGCAGCAGAUCCCCUAGCGUCUAAACUUAACAAGGUCACCCAGUUGACAGGUUUCUCAGAUCCUGUGUAUGCAGAAGCUUACGUUCAUGUCAACCAAUACGAUAUUGUCCUGGAUGUACUUGUUGUGAACCAAACCAGUGAUACUUUGCAGAAUUGCACAUUAGAAUUAGCUACACUAGGGGAUCUGAAACUUGUAGAAAAGCCAUCUCCUUUGACUCUUGCUCCUCAUGAUUUCGCAAAUAUUAAAGCCAACGUCAAAGUAGCAUCAACAGAAAAUGGAAUAAUUUUUGGUAAUAUAGUUUAUGAUGUCUCUGGAGCAGCAAGUGACAGAAAUUGUGUGGUCCUCAGUGAUAUUCACAUUGACAUCAUGGACUAUAUCCAGCCUGCAACUUGCACUGAUGCAGAAUUCCGUCAGAUGUGGGCCGAAUUUGAAUGGGAAAACAAAGUGACAGUUAACACCAAUAUGAUUGAUUUAAAUGACUACUUACAGCACAUAUUAAAGUCAACCAAUAUGAAAUGCCUGACACCAGAGAAGGCCCUUUCUGGUUACUGUGGCUUUAUGGCAGCCAACCUUUAUGCUCGUUCCAUAUUUGGUGAAGAUGCACUUGCAAAUGUCAGCAUUGAGAAGCCAAUUCACCAGGGACCAGAUGCUGCUGUUACUGGCCACAUAAGAAUUCGUGCAAAGAGUCAGGGAAUGGCGUUAAGUCUUGGAGAUAAAAUCAACUUGUCACAGAAGAAAACUAGUAUAUAAAAAUAAACAAAAAGUUCUUGAAGCUUUACAGUUAAAAUUUAGGUAUGGGCUUACUGGACUCCAACAUCUUUUGUACUCUUUCAUGCUUAUGUGUUAUAUAGAAUCUGAGUUCAUGCUGAAUGCCUUCCAGCCAAUAAUUUAUAGCCUUUCCCUUAAAUCAAGAUUGAGUUUAAAAUUAUAGUUUGUCUUUUGUCUUAACCGUUCUGAAUGCUCUCCUCAAAGUAUAUAAUGUUUCUCUCAUGUACCAAGACCCUUUUCACAGUACAAUAAACAGAUCUAUUCAUAAAUGUUUGUUAUUUUAUAAAUAAAUGAUUACAUAAUUUUA